AUGGUUGAUCGGGAGGAAAGCGCCCAAGCCGCCGAUUCAGGUGAAGCCGACAUUGUGAUGGGGACCGUGGGGGAGACACAAGAGGCGGAAGAUGAUACCACCCUAGGGAAAGGGGAAGAGGCAGGCAAGGACACCGUGGUUGCCAACGGCAAUACUUCCUCCAAUCCUCAAGCUAUAUUCCUCGAUUAUCUCAAGUCACCCAUUGUCCAGCUUAUCGUGGGCAGCGGCGACGACGAAACUACCUUGACCGCCCACAAAGCCAUCCUCGAAAAAUCGCCCUACCUUAGCGAAAUACUCUCGACUCUUGAUGACGACGCUCUCAUUAUUGAGAUGCCCGGCGAAUCAUUAGAUGCUGUGGGGUGUUUCCUCCAAUACCAAUACACGGGCGAAUACUUCCCACGACGCCUUGCAGACACCCCUGAUGGGCUGGAGCCUGAUCCUUCAAUCCCGGAGAUAGACAAUACUGGCGCACAGCUUCUCAAACAUGCUCGCGUCUAUACGUUGGCCCAGAAGCUUGGACUGCCUGAUCUCAAGACACUGGCACAUUCAAAGAUCCAUCGCAUCAACUCAACAGCUGUUGGAGAGAUCGCAUACGCAAGAUUCGUGUAUGGCAACACGCCGGCAGAUGAUAUAACGAUCCGCAGACCUGUCGCUGCCUUCUGGGCCACCCGAUCGCAUGUUUUGCGUCACGAAGCCGAGGACGAAUUUAAAGCGAUGUGUCUGGAGUAUCCACGGUUUGGUUUCGAUGUUCUGAGUUUGGUGCUCGACCAGCGCGAAAAGAGAGCCAGAGAACGAGAGGAGGACAGCACGCCAGGCGGGACCAAGGGCAGGAAGAGAAUGCGACCAAGCAUCAACAUUUAG